AUGACGUCCGCCGCCUCGAACCCUAAUCAGGCCAACCAGCCGGCUCUCCAAAUCAAUAAUGCAGCAUCCCCGCCCAGCAAGCGCGAUCUUAAAUCAUGGUGGAAGGGUUUCAAGCUGCCUUCGAAGCACCAGGAACCCCAGGAAACCCGUCCCCAAGGUAUCUUCGGAGUGCCUUUACGGCAAAGUAUAACAUAUGCCAACGUCGCUAUCUCGCUCAUUGAUGAGAAUGGACAGAGUUACAUCUACGGCUAUGUCCCCAUUGUCGUCGCAAAAUGUGGCGUCUUCCUCAAAGAAAAAGCUACCCAUGUCGAAGGAAUUUUCCGGCUUAGCGGUUCGGAAAAGAGAAUAAAGGAGCUUAAGACCAUAUUCGACUCACCUGACAGAUACGGGAAGGGCCUCGUCUGGGAUGGAUACACUGUACACGAUGCUGCCAACGUUCUGCGACGAUAUCUCAACGACCUCCCCGAACCCGUCGUUCCCCUCGAUCUGUACGAAAAGUUCCGCGACCCCCUCCGAGGCGCAACCAAGCAAGCUGUGGGCGAUGCAGAGGGGCCUCAAUUCGUCGAAAAUUUCAACGAGAAAGCAGCCAUCUUGCAGUACCAGCGACUCAUCACGGAGCUACCUCCCUUGAACCGACAGCUACUUCUCUACAUUCUCGACCUUCUUGCGGUUUUCGCUGCCAAGGCGGACGAGAAUCGCAUGAACUCACAAAAUUUGGCUGCCAUCUUCCAGCCAGGCAUGCUCUCGCACCCAGCACAUGCCAUGGCUCCUGAGGAAUACCGGUUGAACCAAUGUGUUAUCAUUUUCUUGAUCGAGAACCAGGAUCACUUCCUUAUUGGUAUGCAGGGCACCGCUGCUGAUGAAAAGACCAAGAAAGAGGUGGAGUCUGGCACACCCAGUGGUCCUCUCACCCCUCAACCUACUCGAAAAACAAGCCUGGGCCGAUCGGCGUCCAAUGCGAGUGCAGGCGCCAACAGUGUGCGGCGGGAUGGCAAACUUCGAAGAAACCGAUCCGUGUCGUCACGGAACUCCAGGAAUGACGGAAGCUCAACACCCAAUAGUCCAGCCUUGACAGCUACACCAACGACAGGUGGAUUGGCCAGAAGCAAUACCGUGCCAUCCAAGAAAUCUCCUGCCAUUGGUGCUGGCCGCUUUCAGAGGUCUGAUGGGUCAGGGCCUCGUUCUCCCCAUCUAGAGCCUUUGACACAAGUCAACCCCACAGAGAGCAUAGAACAAUCUCCCCAAUCGACAAGGUCAUCUGACUUCAUAUCUGGCGGUUACCUCACACCAACGAAGGCUCCUGCAACAGGCCGCAGUCACGAGAGACUACUUGAAGUGCCGCCGGAGUCCUCCACACCAUCCAAGGAGCGUAAUAUUCCUAACAUCUUCCGUAGCACACCCAAUACUGAUGCUGGCGACAAGAGACAGCCUAACAAACUGAAGAAAAAGAGGAUACCAGGAAGCUUGAACCCAAGUGCUCAGAGUUCUGCUGCGUCUUUGACAUACACACAUCCGAAUGCUGCAUCAUCUCCUGGGGCAGAACUGGCUAACCCGAUGGAACAUGCUCAGCAGUAUGAAUCUGGAACUCAGGCAUUGCCACAACAACCAGCCCCGAUUCUCGAAGAGCGACACCGAGAAGCACUGGAGCAGCAGCAAGAACUACAUGAUCGGCCGUCACAUGGGCAAAAUCCUCAUCCUCAAGAAACUUCACUCGCACAUCCUGCUUCUCUGACACAGCAAAAGAGUGAUGUUUCAUCUGAGCACACUCCCAGGGCCUCUCAAGCGUCAUCAAACCAGAGUCUGCAUCCAGAUAAUACACUGAAGUCGAAAAAGUCACCACCAACGUCUCUGCACUCAUCUUUCAACGAAGGCUCGGACUUGGAUCAGAUUCUUGACGAACAGUCUAUCAGCACUGUUGAUCAAGCAGAAAAAGAACGAAAGAAGCGUUGGCGGUUGUCGAGGAGUAAGAAUGCUGAUAACGGCUCCUCUGCCGGUCUCACCUCACCGCGCCUUGCCCUUGGGCAGAACGACAAUGGCGAUGUCAGCAACCUAUCAAUAUCGAGUUCCAGUCAUAGGCCUCGAAAGAGCGAGAGCUCUGACCGACCCUACAUGGUAAGCGAGGGACAAGGUAGCUUCGAUCAGGGCAGAGAAAGUGAUUCCAAGGGUCCCAUAGGAUGGAUUAGGAACAAAUACCGCGAAGCAAAAGAGAGUGCGGAACAAAGGAGGAAUAAGUCUCCUCCGGCCGACCGUCCCGGCCUGGGCGCCUCAAGCUUCCAACCCCGAGGAAAGAGUUUGGAAAUUAGAAGAGACGAGCCAGCGCAGCAUGCUUCACUUGCAGCAAUAGCCGGCGCUCCAGCUGUUGCCUCUAACCCUGCUGCAGCUCCCGGUCCAGCAAUGGGCCCGGCUCCUGCAGCGACACAAGUUCCUCAGACAGCCACAGUUUCAAUGGUUCAACCUGAACCUACAUCGCCUGUUCAGCCAACCCAUCCUCAAGCGCAAGUUCCUCCACCGGCUCAGGUCCAGGCUCAACCUCAACCUCAUCCGACAACCCCAGCCCAGCCUCCAGUUCAGGAGCAGAGUCAAUCUCCAACUGAACCUAAACUUCAGACAGAAUCUCAAAAGCCGCAAAGCCCACAGACACCUCAGAAAAUCAUCUCUAUGCUCGAUGUUGACACGCCACCGGCCGCUGCAGCAGCAUCGACUCCUGCCCCAGCCACUGCUUCUGUAACUACGCAACCGCAGGCGGGGGAAUCGAAACACGUUCAAGAACAGCCACAGCCCCUGUUGGCACAGGAGCCAAAAGCAGAAGAAGAGCCAGUUCAGGCCACUGAACAUCCGGCGGUGAUAUCGCCUGUGCAGCCCGAACAAGUACAGCCUGAGCAACAACAAGUAAAGUCAGAGUCAGAGACACCAAAGCAGGAGCAAUAG